AUGCAGUUUGCCGAUAAAACGAUCCUGAUGAUUGCUCAUCGCUUGCACACGAUCAUCGACUCUGACGAGGUGAUCGUCAUGGAUGCCGGACGAGUGGUCGAGCAGGGUUCUCCGUAUGGCCUCUUGGACCCUCUCGGAGCGGCUAGACUUGGCAAACAGGUGCGCAACUCCGCGGAUGCGGCCGUUGAUACCACGGAAGCGCCGGAUUUGAUCUCCUCCAGGAUCACAAGCAACGGUCCAUUUGCAGCCAUGGUUAAGCACACCGGAAAAACCUCUAGUGCAGAACUGGUAGAACAAGCCAGACAGGCCUUUAUACGCAAAUUGGCUCUCUAG